UAAGGUUGUGUAAGGUUUUUGAUUCUGAAGCUGUGCUUGUAAGCAAUGGCGGAGAAGCAGAAGCGAAAGCACAUCCCUGUUCUACCAUGGAUGCGAAGCCCUGUCGACGUGUCCCUAAUCGAGGAAUGCCCCCUUGAGAUCCUCCCUAUGCUCGAUCACAGAUUGAAGGUAGCUUUGCAGAACAUGGGCAUCUCUUCACUGUUUCCAGUGCAACUCGCUGUAUGGCAAGAGGCAAUUGGACCCGGUUCUUUUGAUAGAGACCUAUGUAUUAAUUCACCAACUGGAAGUGGGAAAACUUUAGCUUAUGCCCUACCAAUAGUGCAAAUGCUGUCAAGUCGUACAAUCAAAUGCUUGCGUGCUUUAGUUGUGCUGCCUACUCGGGAUCUGGCCUUGCAGGUUAAAGAGGUCUUUUCUGCAAUCGCACCUGCAGUGGGAUUAUCUGUAGGUCUGGCUGUUGGUCAAUCUUCCAUAGCUGAUGAGAUUUCUGAGCUCAUCAAGAGACCUAAGCUUGAGGCAGGUAUCUGUUAUGAUCCCGAAGAUGUUUUGGUUGCGCUGCAGAGUUCUGUGGACAUAUUGGUGGCAACGCCUGGAAGAUUGAUGGACCAUAUUAACUUCACGAAGGGUUUUACUCUUAAGCAUCUACGUUAUCUUCAUAGUCACACCAAGUACAAAGCUGGUUAUGUGUUAGUUGUUUCGUCGGGAUCGUUGAUUUUAAAAUGGGUUAUUGACGAGACCGAUAGGUUAUUAAGAGAAGCAUAUCAAUCUUGGCUACCUACCGUGCUUCAGUUGACUCAUGCUGAUGACAGCAGUAUCAUCUUUCCUUCCUACAUUUCAAAUCCUUGUUCAGCUGGAUCCUUAAAAACCAUAAGGAGAUUUGGUGUUGAGAGGGGUUUUAAGGGCAAACCUUACCCAAGGCUUGCGAAGAUGAUUCUAUCUGCAACGCUUACACAGGAUCCAGGCAAGCUUGCACAGCUUGAUCUGCAUCAUCCUCUAUUCUUAACAACUGGGAAAAGAAGAUAUAAACUUCCGGAGAAAUUGGAAUCAUACAUGAUGAUUUGUGAAUCGAAACUCAAACCAUUAUAUCUGGUUGCCCUACUUCAAAGUUUAGGAGAAGAGAAGUGUAUUGUUUUUACAUCCUCUGUGGAGUCUACUCAUCGACUAUGCUCAUUACUCAACUUUUUUGAAGACUUGGAACUCAAGAUCAAAGAGUAUUCAGGGCUUCAACGCCAAUCCUUAAGAAGCAAGACACUGAAUGCUUUCCGGGGAGGGGAGAUUCAAGUACUUGUUAGUUCUGAUGCCAUGACUCGUGGAAUGGAUGUUGAGGGUGUGAAAAAUGUUAUUAAUUAUGAUAUGCCUGCAUUUAUAAAAACAUACAUUCAUCGAGCUGGUAGGACUGCAAGAGCUGGGCAGUCUGGGCGUUGUUUCACAUUGCUGAGAAAGGAUGAGGUUAAGCGUUUCAAGAAAUUGCUGCAAAAGGCUGAUAAUGAUUCUUGCCCCGUACAUUCCCUACCUUCCAGUUCAAUUGAGUUCCUUCAGCCUACUUAUGUCUCUGCCCUAGAGAAACUGAAGGAAAAGGUUGAAUCAGAAACAUCCAGAAAGAGUACAAUCACGUAUUCUUCUAGAGCGGGCAAACGGAAAGAUAGGAACUCCUCCAAAGCAAAGUCUUAGCAAGUUCACUGGAAACUGUGAAAAUACAAGGUUCCGGGACUCGGUUGACAAGGACAAGAAAAUUCAACGACAGGAGAUGGUGUUGAAGCCUUCUAUAAGGCCCCUUUUAUCCACUUGAGUCACAUAGAUUCAAUCAUUGAAUUUGGAGAAAGGUCUGCUUAUGUUUCGGACGAAGUACAUAGAAUUGGCACCAACAGCCAUAGAGGCAGAGGUAGAUGACGAUGAUAGGCUUCUUUGGGGAGCAGCAGGGUAUUCAUUCUUGUUGCACUCUCUAUCCUCUUCACUGAUGGUAUCCAACACUUUUGAUGUGCGGCGCCUCAUGACACUGAUAAUCUGUGGUGGUGCAACCUCAGUAACAAACCUCGCUAUACGAGAAUUUGCCAUUUUUCGGAGGGGUUUGAGUGUUGGAGGAUGGUGGUUGAGAAUGUGAUGCUCUCCAAGCUCUACUUGGUCUUGUUGAGAGCCUGAGAGUGAAUCCAAGCUUUCGGGCGAUAUUUAUUGAGGAUUUUCUUAGACUAGGAGCUGAAUGGAUGUGGGGGAAUACUUGAAAUCAAUAUUUUGGCUCUGGGUGAUACCACCUAACACACACAUAUAUAUACACACAUGUAUGUAUGUAUGUAUAUGUAUGUAAUGGUUAAAAUCACUCGAAAACAAUUUUAAUCAUUCAAACUCAAUCGGAUAUUUAGAUUUACACA